AUGGUUAUCUCCAUUGGUGGAUAUAUUAUAAAUCUUUCAGUAUAUCAAGCAUUCUUCAAACUCAUUCAAGAACAAAUAUUUAGUCAAAUUCUUCUCUGGCAACUUAGCUUCAUCCCCGGAAUUUUAUUAAAUCUUGGGGCUGCUUCAAAUGCUUUAAUUCUUUAUUCUACCAGCAAAGAAUACCACAAAUCAAUGAAGCAAUAUUUGUUUAACUUGGCUAUUCAUUGUGGAUUUAAAAAAAUAAAUCAAGUUACUGCAGUGGCUCCAAUAAUCCCUAGUACAAUUAAAAGCAGCAACAAGAAAAAUAUUUAUUAG